CUUCAACGCCAUCUGAAAAGAGGGAAACAAAAGAAUUGAAUAAUUUGCUCGAUUCUUGUCUCCAUUUUUAUCAGUCAAUUAAGCGGCAGCAACAGCAGCAGCAGAUAUUUUCUGAUUCAAAUUUGCUUGAAUUGCAAAUAAAUUCGCCAAAACUCGCGCGCACCUACAGCACAGCAUCGUCUGUCCAUACCUUUUAUCGCAUCGCAAGUAAUCGAAUAAAAGUCGUCACCAUUGCUCCCUCACCGAUCAUCAACUCCAUCAACAGCACCAUGAACGGCCAAGGCUAUGAAUUGAAUCAUACAAAUGGCGAUAUCAUAUCACAGAACCAACAGAAGGGUUGGUGGACCAUUGGUCUGAUCAAUGGCCAGCAUCGUUAUAUGACGGCGGAGACUUUCGGCUAUAAGCUGAAUGCGAACGGUGCCAGUUUGAAGAAGAAGCAGUUGUGGACACUGGAACCGUCCAAUACGGGUGAAAGUAUUAUCUACUUAAGAUCUCACCUCAACAAAUAUCUGUCCGUCGACUCGUUUGGCAAUGUUCUGUGCGAAUCGGAUGAACGUGAUGCCGGCAGUCGGUUUCAGAUAAGCAUUGCCGAAGACGGUACCGGUCGUUGGGCAUUGAAAAAUGAAUCACGUGGCUACUUUUUGGGUGGAACUCCCGAUAAAUUGGAAUGCACCGCCAAGACUCCGGGUAAUGCUGAAUUUUGGACUGUCCAUUUGGCUGCCAGGCCUCAAGUGAAUUUGCGUUCAAUUGGCAGGAAACGUUUCGCUCAUCUGUCCGAAUCUCAAGAUGAAAUUCAUGUCGAUUCGAAUAUACCCUGGGGUGAGGAUACCCUGUUCACCUUGGAAUUCCGUCAGGAGGAGGGUGGUCGGUAUGCUUUGCAUACUUGUAAUAAUAAAUAUUUGAAUGCCAAUGGUAAAUUGCAAAAUGCCUGCAAUGAAGACUGUUUGUUCAGUGCUGAAUAUCAUGGUGGCCAUUUGGCCUUGAGGGAUAGGCAAGGUCAAUACUUGUCACCCAUUGGCUCCAAGGCUGUGCUUAAAUCUCGCUCAUCGACCGUGACCCGUGAUGAGCUGUUCUCUCUGGAAGACUCGCUGCCGCAGGCCUCGUUUAUUGCCGCCAUGAAUUUGCGUUAUGUCUCGGUGAAACAGGGUGUCGAUGUUACGGCCAAUCAGGAUGAGAUUGGUGAAAAUGAAACAUUCCAAUUGGAAUUCGAUUGGUCGGCCCAUCGUUGGGCUCUGCGCACCACUCAGGAUCGUUACUGGAGUUUGACAGCCGGCGGUGGUAUACAGGCAACGGGAAAUCGCCGUUGUGCCGAUGCUUUGUUUGAAUUGAUCUGGCACGGUGAUGGUUCCCUAUCGUUCCGUGCUAAUAAUGGCAAAUUUUUGGCCACAAAACGUUCGGGCCAUCUGUUUGCCACCUCCGAGAGCAUUGAGGAUAUAACGAAGUUCUAUUUCUAUUUGAUUAAUAGACCCAUUUUGGUACUUAAGUGUGAGCAGGGCUUUGUGGGCUAUCGCCAGCCUGGCAACACCAAAUUGGAGUGCAAUAAGGCCACAUAUGAAACCAUAUUGGUGGAGAGAGCCCAAAAGGGUUUGGUCUAUUUCAAGGGACAUGGUGGCAAAUAUUGGCGCAUUGACGGUGAGGGCAUUUCCGUUGACUCCGAUGCUCCAGCUGAUGGUUUCUAUUUGGAAUUGCGUGAACCCACUAGAAUUUGUAUUAGAUCUGAAAAUGGCAAAUAUUUAGGAGCUACUAAAAAUGGAGCCUUCAAACUAUUGGAUGAUGGCAAUGAUGUGGCCACACAAUGGGAAUUUUAAAAAAAGACUUAUCACUAGGAGUAUUUUCAUUUCAAGAUUUUUCCAAGAAACACACACACAGCAGAAGAAAAGGAUGAAGAAGAAGGAAGCAACAGAAUUAUCAUAGUGUUUUUUAGAAUUUUGAUUAUUAUUUAUUUGAUUUUAAGAUUUAUUUUUUUUUUAAUUUCAUUUUAUUUUUUUCGGAGAACAAAAGACAAGAUUUCAAUUUCAAUGAAUGUUCAAUCACUACUCCUCUCUACUUUGUUUUUUACUUACAUACAUACACAACAUGUAUUAAAUGUAUUUACAUAACAAAAAAAUAAUGUAUUAAUUUGUAAUUCCAUUUCGUAAUGUUGAAUGAAGAAUUGCAACAAUUUUA